AUGGAUCAAGGAGAUGAUGAGCCUUCGGAGGAUUUUCAGAGCGAAUCCCAUGUUGACCACAGUACUACUGAAGACAACCGAAGCACUGACUUGAAGAAGCGAAAAUUGCCCGAAAAGGAUUCAGUCGACGUUCCGUCAUCGUCCCAUGUGCAAAGUGUUCCGCUGCUGCCGUCAUGGGUUGCAGGCGGUUCUCCUCCGCAGUUCGUAGCUGCUAACGAAUUACUGCAAAUGUCAGUUGCAAUGGACAACCUCGCUCUUGUGCACGAAAUCGCUAUCGAUCCUGAAUUUUCCGUCUCUGAUAUUCCGAAGAAUCCUAUUCAGGCUGCUAUCAAAGAAAAUAUGUAUCGGGCCUACUGGGACCUCUUGUCUGAGGAUUUAGCCAAGGAUCCUCCUGAUUACACACAUGCAUUUAAUCUUUUAAUGGAAAUCAAGCAAGUGGGCUUCGUAUAUUCUUUGCGGAAUAAGAUGGAACAGGAUUGCCUGGAUGUUCAUGGUGUCGGACGCUUCAUAGUGGAUCUCCUCGGGAGACUGUGUGCUCCUGAACGGGAUACCUUGGUUGAAAAAUUGCGCCAUGAGGACGGCAUUGUCGAAAUGAUCAAAGGUAUAUUUGGUCUAAUAGACAUCAUGAAGAAUGAUUUAACGAACUACACGAUCUCCAAAAAUCGUGCUGCCGUAGAGCAGUACAGUUCUCGAUUUGAAUAUAAGGAAUUUAUGAAUAUUUAUGAUGGUUCCCUAAUGACCAAGGAAUGGCUGAAGAUCGCUUAUCACAGCAUCUAUUCGUCUAGUUCCUUAAACUCGCCUCCUAGUGCCAAACGGGAGAAAGUUGACGCAGCAACUGUAAGCGAUGAAGAAGUUGUGAAGUCAACUAGUAGAGGAUAUCUUAGACUGAUUGAAUCCGAGAAUCCUUCACCAUACCCAGAAACUUUGCGAAUAGACAAAAUGAGACUGGCCGCUUUAGCGGAGAAGUUUCUGCAAAUGAAUAUUGUAACGAGUGCUCUGUUUAUAACUUGUAGCCUUGCAGGAAAGCAGAUUUCUGAAAGCGAAGACUUUAAGAAUUCAUUAAAGGAUCAACUAAUCAUCAUCACAAAUGAUAUAGAAGAAAAGAAAGUGGUUGCCAGUUGCUUGUUCAGUGAUCUCAUCAUUAGAUUUCGUUUCGUAUCCAUGCUAUUCAGGACUCUCACCGAGAAUUUGGAGGCCGUUUGUGAGCAGUGUGUUGUUAUGGUACGAAAGCGAGCAGAAACCUUAGCGGUAGUGCUCUCUGUCGAGCACGAUCAAUCACUUCGCGAACAAAUGAAAACGAUUGUCGACAAAAAUAAUAAAAUUAGAAAACUCGUUUGUACUCGAAUUUCUACAUUUGUGGAGGAGAUACUUCAAUCCCCGGCCGAGGUUCCACGUCGGCUUUUGCCGGGCCUAUCUGUUGUUCAGGGCGAACUUCGUGCUUUUACGGCGAGGUAUACCGCACUUGGACUUGGUAUUCUUUGGGGAGCAUACCGCUACCGUCAGAUUUGCGAAUACCACGCUGACAUCCGUGAGUGGGAGCACGAGAAGGCCGUUGCUAAGGCUGUCGUUGAAGCAAAGGAGAAGAAGUGGUUUGCUAAGGACGAAAUGCGUUACCUCAUUGACGUUGUCAACCUACCAUUCGAAGAGGGCAUAACUCAGCUCGGAGUCGCAGAUUUAUUCAGAGAGGAAUAG